AUGCGUCAACCUCCUGGCUUUGUCGACCCACAGCAACCCGAUUCAGUUUGCAAACUCCACAAAUCCCUCUACGGUCUCAAGCAAGCACCUCGUCAAUGGUUCAACAAGCUCACAACGUUUCUCCAACUUCAAGGAUUCGGGUUCAGUCGUUCCGAUCCCUCUCUUCUAAUUUUUCAUAAAAACCAUAUUCAGAUUUACUUUCUCAUUUACGUUGACGAUUUCCUUGUCACAGGCAACGAUUGUUUCACGAUCAACCACAUUCUCGGUCAACUUCAAGAACAAUUCGCGCUCAAAAAGUUGGGACAGAUCUCUCUCUUCUUGGGAAUCCAGGUAAUUCGAUCCUCAACUGGCUAUUUUCUCACUCAAGAACACUAUGCUUCGAAAAUCCUUCAUGAUGCAGGCUAUGCCGACUGUAAGCCGGCUCCCACACCGCUCGCAACCAACUCCAAGACUGCACAAACAUCAACGGCUCCAUUUCAUGACCCAACACUCUACCGCAAGCUAGCCGGGUCCUUACAAUACCUCUCCAUUACGAGACCCGACAUCGCAUUCGCCACCAACACAGUAUGUCAGCAUAUGCAGAAUCCGACGGAUCAAGACUUCAAGACCCUCAAACGUAUAUUACAUUAUGUCAAAGGCACAAUCACUUACGGGUUUCCCAUUACUACCGGACCUCUAGAGUUGCGCGCCUACACUGACGCCGACUGGGCAUCGGACGCAUCAGACAGGAAGUCGAUCUCAGGCUUUUGCACAUUCUUAGGUCCAAAUCUCAUCUCUUGGACGGUUAAGAAGCAAGCAACCGUGGCCAAAUGCUCAACUGAAGCGGAAUACCGAUCCUUGUCCUCCGCCCUUUCUGAUGUGAUCUGGCUUCGCAGACUUGCCGAAGAACUUCAGAUACCGCAACCAAAUCCGACCAUAAUUCAUUGCGAUAACACCUCGGCAAUCGCCAUAGCUAAGAACCCUGUGUUUCACGCAAGGACGAAACACAUUGAGAUCGACUAUCACUUCAUACGUCAACACAUCAACUCCAAUACCGUUCGGCUCAGUCACAUUUCCUCCAAUGAUCAAAUCGCCGACAUUCUGACUAAACCUUUUUCCUUCACUCGCUUCAACGAACUAAGAACCAAAUUAAACAUUCGACCGUCGAAUGCUUAA